AUGGAAAAUGAAACAAUUAACCCUUACAACACUAUUGAUAUCCAUCACGACGUCCACGAUAUGCCAGAGGGUACCAUCUCCCGCCCCCGCCAGGAUCCAAGUGAUGUCACCUUACUUUUCGAAGUUGAAAGCAAUUCGGAUAUCUCCUGGGACAACCCUUGUCCAGAUUUUAGCAGCCUCCUGUAUUCGCCAAUUUCCUUUAUGCCUAAUAUUAUUCUCGACGAUUCCCUAAUCCUCAGUGGCCAUGAACACCAGGCUUUUUACCACUAUCAAGACAGAUUCAUUUCAGAUCGUCUGCUUAAAACUCCUCAAUGGUCUAUGUUUGGCUGUAUUCUUCAGUCUAUCUAUCAUAUACCCAUGGCAAUGCAUCUUCUGAUCGCAGCAUCUUCCAUGGACCUGAAUCGACGGUCCCCCAAUCCGACUAUCAGUCCAGGUGUAACCAAAGCCCACUUCCGCAAAGGCUCCGAAAUGCUCAUACAGCUCAUGAACGUCCACGCCGAACCACAUCAUUUCAGCACGCUUAGCUCGUGGUUCUUUCUCUAUUUGUGUAUGGGUCGUCGUGAGAUCCUUGACAAAAACGGUGUUGACCAGCUCAGUCAAGCGAUUCUAAAGUACAUUCAACGAUACAAUUUGGACAGCCUGAGUGCAAAUAUCAAAUCAGAACAAAGCCUUCUCGCCUCUUCCUGGCAUGACUCAUCCCACUCAGCUGAACCAGGUUUGAUUGGACGAUUGAUGCUGUUGCUAGCAGCAGAAGACAUUGAGAUGGGGUUCGAGGGAUGUGGUGGCCAUCUCGCGAAUCACUUAUUCGGUAGUGAAGAUCUGCAUUUGCGAAUAUUCUCCCAGCAACGGUACAUAUUGGAGCAAUAUUGGGGCGAAUCAUACCCAGAAUACGAGGCGAUGCAUGAUAUUCAAGUUACACCAGUAAUAGAAUUUGGAAAUAAAGUCGGAAUGAUCUUCCAAAGGGUGAACAGGCUGAGCAAUGGGGCCUCGGAGGAGGUAAUGCCGCGUGACCUUGACAUCGAAGGCAGGAUUUCACAAACAGAAACGGUAUAUCUAAUAGCAGACCUUGCCUAA